AUGUCUACUCAUUACUGUUACAAAGUAUUUAGGAAUACAAAUAAAGAAGAUUUACAAAAAAACAUAGAACACUUAAUAUCGGAAAAUGAAGAAUUAAGAGCCCAAAUUAACCAACAACAUACCCAAAUUAAUGAACAACAGACCGAAAUCACAAACUUAAAACGAACAAAGAAGAACUUUAUUACUAGUGGAAAAAUUAACAAUAGUACAUGCACUCCACAAACUACAACUGAUUACCUUCUUAUAGUUCUAUUAUCUGAGACUGCCAUACUUUUAAUUAUGGAGGACUUUAAAUAUCGAUUUGACAAGGCCAGAAAAAUAAUAGAAGAAAGUGUGGCAUAUGGUUCGAUAUUUAACAACGAAGAGAAAAUAUUAAUCGAUAGUGAAAAUGAUGGUAGUGAUGAUACUGAUGAAGAAAAAAAUUCUGAUGCCUUUAUGAAUGUAAAUGACCCAAACAAGCCUGUUCAACACUAUUUGAACAUGGUUUACUUAACUUUUGGAGGCCUCUGUUCUUUGGCUGCUUCUGAAGCUUAUACUGGCUUAUACCUUAUUAAA